AUGGGCGCCAUGGACGAGCUCAUUUCGAGCGGCGCGCACAACGCCACCACGGCCCCGUUCCUCGACGCCGGCGGCCUCGCCAGCCUGCUCCCGCAGGUGCAGACGGUGGAGGUGCUCGUGGCAGUAUUCAUCUUCGUGGCCAUCCACUCGCUCCGGCAGCGGCGCUCGCUGGGCCUCCCGUCGUGGCCGGUGGUCGGCAUGCUCCCGUCCCUCCUCCUCGGCGUCCGGGGCGACAUGUACGAGUGGAUCACGGGCGUCCUCAAGGCGCGCGGCGGCACGUUCACGUUCCGCGGGCCGUGGUUCACCAACCUGCACUGCGUCGUCACCGCCGACCCGCGGAACCUGGAGCACCUGCUCAAGACCAAGUUCGGCAACUUCCCCAAGGGCCCCUACUUCCGCGACACCGUGCGCGACCUCCUCGGCGACGGCAUCUUCGGGGCCGACGACGAGGUGUGGCGGCAGCAGCGCAAGGCGGCCAGCCUCGAGUUCCACUCCGCCGAGUUCCGCGCGCUCACGGCCAGCUCGCUGGUGGAGCUCGUGCACCGGCGGCUGCUGCCCGUGCUGGCCGAGACCGAGGCGGCCGGCGCGGCCGUGGACCUGCAGGACGUGCUCCUCCGCCUCACCUUCGACAACGUGUGCAUGAUCGCCUUCGGCGCCGACCCCGGGUGCCUCCAGAAGGGCCUCCCGGAGAUCCCGUUCGCCCGCGCGUUCGAGGACGCCACCGAGGCCACCAUCGUGCGCUUCGUCACGCCCACCGCGGUGUGGCGCGGGAUGCGCGCCCUGGGCGUGGGCCACGAGCGGGUGCUCCGGCGCUCGCUGGCCGGCGUCGACGAGUUCGCGUACGACGUGAUCAGGAAGCGCAGGGAGGAGCUCGCCGCCGCCACCGCGGCCGGCCGCGAAGAGGACGCCGCCGGCGGGCUCCGUCGGGCCGACCUGCUGACCAUCUUCACCAAGAUGCGCGGCGCCGACGGCGCCCCGGCCUACUCGGACAAGUUCCUCCGCGACAUCUGCGUCAACUUCAUCCUGGCCGGGCGCGACACGUCGUCCGUGGCGCUGGCAUGGUUCUUCUGGCUGCUCAGCAAGAACCGCGGCGUGGAGGCCAAGAUCCUGGAGGAGGUCGAGGGCAUCGUGGCGGCGCGGGCCCGCAGCGGGGAGGUGGAGGAGGAGCUGGUGUUCCAGCCGGAGGAGGUGAAGCGGAUGGAGUACCUCCACGCCGCGCUCUCCGAGGCGCUCCGGCUCUACCCGUCCGUCCCCGUCGACCACAAGGAGGUUGUGGAGGACGAGGUGUUCCCCGACGGCACGGUGCUGAAGAAGGGCACCAAGGUGAUCUACGCCAUGUACUCCAUGGGGAGGAUGGAGAGCAUCUGGGGGGAGGACUGCAGGGAGUACAGGCCAGAGCGGUGGCUCAAGGACGGCCGCUUCAUGGGCGAGUCCGCCUACAAGUUCACCGCCUUCAACGGCGGCCCGCGCCUCUGCCUCGGCAAGGACUUCGCCUACUACCAGAUGAAGUUCGCCGCCGCCUCCAUCCUCCGCCGCUACCGCGUCGACGUCGUCCAGGGACACCCGGUGGCGCCCAAGCUGGCGCUCACGCUCUUCAUGAAGCAUGGCCUCAAGGUGACGCUGGCCAAGAGGGACGACAAGGCCAAGCUCUGA